CCAUUCAUAAUAUCGCGCUUCGUUUAACUAUACAUUGAACUAAAAUGCGUGAAUUAUUACUCGAUAAUCCAAACAAAACUGUAGAAAUUCUACCAAAUAAAUGCGGAAAAAACGACUUUCUCAAAACAAUUCUACAAUCAAAUCAAAAAAUAUCAGUAGAACUGUCUCCAAAUCACUCAUUCCAAUGUGAUAUUCUACAAAGGAUUCGUCCAACGUUUGUGUCCAUAACGUGGCUUGGAAACCUACAUCUAGACCUUCCAGUUGAGCAAAUUCCUGCUGUGAUUUUAGCAAAGCAAUUUUGUGAUCAAAACUAUUCAGUGUUGUUGCAUUUGACUGGCAGAAAUUUAAAAAAAGAGCGGAUGAUGAAGAUUUUGGAGCAUCUCAAGGAGGUUGGUGUCAAGAAUAUUUUGGCCUUACAAGGAGAUAGACGUCAUAUUCUAGAACCAGAUGAUACUAAAUGUGAUUUUCCUUAUGCUUCUGAUUUGGUAAUGUUUAUUAAAAAAAAAUUUGGAGAUGAUUUUUGUGUAGGAGUUGCAGGAUAUCCUGAUGUUCAUCCAAAUAAUCACAACUUAGAGGAGGAUUUAAAUGUUUUACAGUGCAAAGUAUCAAACGGGGCCGAGUUUAUAGUAACUCAAGCCACAUUCGACUUUGAAGCGUUAGAAAAUUUUGGCUUGGCUUGCAGGAAGCACAACAUUAAUAUCCCAAUAAUACCUGGAAUUUUUGUAAUAAAAUCCUACCAGACAUUAGUUGCAAUGCAAAAAUAUUGCGAAUUUAAAAUAACUAAAAAUGUCUUGGAUUUUGUUCAAGAGAAUCGGGAUAAUGAUGAAGUUAUUGCCAAUUAUGGGGUUGAUUUCGCGAUCGAUUUUAUCAAAAGAUGUUUGGAUAGAAAGGAGCUUUUUAGUGCUGUGCAUAUGUUUUCUAUGAAUAAUAUUGAGGACUUGGAAAAAGUUAUUUUGAGAUUAUAAUAAUGUCGGCUUUAAGGCAACACCUUAUACAAAUUUUGAUCUUUACAGUGUGUCAAUAAGUUAUAUUGGAAAUGAAUUAUAAAACACGUUUAUUAUAUACAAUUUGCUUUAUUUUUAUUUUCCUUAAUCCAUUGAUUGAUUUGAAAGGGGAUGAGCCUUUACAGGCAUCACGUAGAAGCGUUACUCUUGAUGCAGCCCUGUCUUACCUAAGGAGCCCGCAACUGUUAAGAAGGGUGCAGACCCGCUCAGGCCAGAUAUGCUCCAGGUUCCAGGAAACUGUACCAGAGUGACA